GCGAAGCAACUGGAUCAUUUCUCUCUCCACCACGACACAGGUUGGUUGGUCACACGUGUCUGCGAUGAGAAUCCGCUGCUUCCCAACAAGUAAAAGAUUUUGCACGGAGGAUGCAAAAAUUGUCUUGAGCGAGAGACCGGUGUCUUGAUUCGAUGAAAUUGGCACCAGCCACGUGUUGAAUUUUUAAGGUUACCUGCACAAAUUUCUCGAUCGAGAGACAUGGCCGAUGAAAAAGAUACGGCGAACGCCACGACGACGGCUUCCUACGCCGGCCACGCGGCAAAGCCCACGUUGACCCAGGAAGAGAUUGAUCGCAUGAAGGCCCAAGAUAUGCGCUUGGUAUCCGACUUCCAAGCCAUGCAAAUCGAAAAGAACGCCAAAAAGAAUUGGGAUCUGUUUUACAAGCGAAACGACACCCGCUUCUUCAAGGAUCGACACUGGACGACCCGCGAAUUCGCGGAGCUUCUCGGUGACGAUACCACCAAAGAGGAACAGAGGAGCCCAAGAGUUUUCUUCGAGAUUGGCUGCGGAGUCGGUAAUUUGAUCUAUCCAUUGAUAGAGGAGAAUGUACCGUUUAAAAAAAUGUUUGCAUGCGAUCUCUCUCCAAGAGCGAUUGAGUUCGUCAAGGGUCAUGCACUGUACAAUUCCGAAUACAUAGAAGCUUUUCAAGCUGAUGUCACAGAGUCCAUUUCUGACAAAGUAUUUCAUCCAGUGGAUAUUGCUACUUUGGUCUUUGUACUAUCUGCGAUUCAUCCUUUGAAAUUUAAACAAGUCAUUCAAAACAUAUUUGAUGUAAUGAAUGAGGAGGGAGUUCUUUUGUUCCGCGACUAUGGGCGCUACGACAUGGCUCAAAUGAGAUUCAAACCUGGAUGCAAAAUUGCAGAUAAUUUAUAUGUCCGUCAGGAUGGCACAAGAAGCUACUACUUCACCACUGAAGAAGUGCAAGAGCUGUUUGAAUCUGUUGGAUUUAAAACAAAGAGUUGUUCUUACGUCCAAAGAAGAACAGUCAACUUGAAAGAAAAGAUUGAUGUUCCUAGGAUUUUUGUCCAAGCUAAAUUUGUCAAGCCUGAAAAGUCUAGUGCACCAAGUCAAACAAAGGACUCUGCAGAGCAGUGAGGAUGUGCUAUCACACUAUUGUCACUAACAAGAUGAAGGAAAAAAAAUAAAAAAUUAAAUAACCAAACAUCUACGAAUUGCUUCUUCCAAUUUAUUACUGCGGGUCAACCUAAUGCAUAUUAUUAAUCCUGGUUUGAAGUAUCCAAAAAAAAAUCCUGAUGAAAAAGAGAAAUCACUUUUAAAAAGGUAAACAUCUUGGCUACUUCAAUAAUUUAAAUUGACUGCAGAAAAAAAAAAAUAAAUACAAUAAAUAAAAACGACUUUUUAAAAAAAAAAUAUUUGAGUUAUUCCUUUCCCCUUGAUGGUUUAUCAAAUUACGAAUUAAAGCACUUUCAAUUUCUACAUGAUAGUUGGUAAAAUGAAUCUUGCUCAAGUAAAAAUCAAACGUGAUUCGAGGUAGAGAAUGUUUUUAUUCAACCGCUCUAUUAAAUUAUUUAUAUCACAAGAUGCAAUUUUAACAAUAAAUAUAGUACAUUUUGUCAACAGUUUGUUACGAACAAUAAUCUAUUUCUUUUUAAAACUGCUUAUUUCACUAUUGUAACUGAUAUGAUCGCGAUAUGAAAAUAGGAUGUAACUAAUAGAAUAAUUUAAAUAAAGAAUUUUCAUAUUAUUGAUUGAAUUUCAAUUUCAAUCACUACUAUUCUCAAGAUUGUCGACUAGUGUUUAAAUCUAGCGAUUUCACAGUCAUCGGUAUUGUCAAUUCUAUUUUCAAAGCAGCACAUGAGCAGUAUCUUUUUGAAUGAAGUUUCACAUACAUUGUAUUUAUAAUUUUCCUUUGAAGUAGUUACAGUUUGAGCAGUUUAUAAUUACGAAAAUUUUACGAAUAUUGAAACGCAUUCUCUAUUAAAUAACAAAUAUACGUACGCAUGAGUUGCUUUCAUUUUAUUUAAGCAAUCAAUAAAUCACAGACCUCGACAUGACUGAACAAUUAUAAUAAUCUUUUGUAAAAAAAAUUUAUACAAGCAUCUUUUUUUUCAAAAAAUAGUACUUCUACAAAAACUUAGCAAAAAGAAUCGACCGCUCUGUUAAGGCACAAGGAACAACAUUGUCGAAUAGCGAAGAAAAAUUUCUUACGUCUACGCUACAGCGAUGCACGACAAAACUUUAU